AUGUCUAUUUCUGGUAUUGGUCAGACCAAUGCGCAACCAUUAGGUUUAAUAGAUUGCAAGUUGUAUCCCAGAACGGGAUUGGAGUACUUACAAGUACACGCUUUGUCACAGGAAAUAAUUAAACAUUUCGAGCACUUGAAUUUGGCUGACGAAACAUUUCAUAUUUCUCAACCCAUAGAUAUUCUCCUAGGUGCUAAUACUUAUUCUAUCAUUUUUGAACGUGACGGUCGUAUUUCGUCUCCUGGAUAUCCUACUGCCGUAAAUACAUUUUUCGGUUGGACAAUCAUAGGUCCCAUAAAUGAAAUGUGUUCCUCUACGAAGUCAGUACUUUUGACUCAAUCUUAUCUCAGCGAACAGAUGCAAAAAUUUUGGUCGUUGGAAGAAGUUGGAGAAACUAAUAUUAUAGAUCCUGUAGAGGAUUACGUGGAAAAACAUUUCGUAUCUACUCAUUUUCGUGACGAAAGUGGUCGCUAUGUAGUGUCAUUACCAUUCAAGUUGGAUAAUCAAAAUCCAGUGCUUUCUUUUAAUUCAAAAAGAUCAUUGAAAUCUUACUUCUCUCUCGAGAAACGAUUGAUGAAAGACGAAGCUUCCUUGAAUUUAUAUAACGACUUUAUGUCAGAAUAUUUGAAAUUGAAUCAUAUGUCACGUGCCAAAACUUCCAAUAGUUAUGUGAUACCGCAUCAUGUUGUUCGUAAAGACUCUAGCUCAACCACGAAGCUGCGAGUUGUAUUUAACGCCUCAGAUUUAGAUAGUUUGGGUAAAUCGUUGAAUGAUAUGUUGUUGGGAGGUCCCAAAUUACAGAAAGAUAUUCAAAUAAUUUUACUUUCAUUCAGAAUGUAUCCUAUAGUAAUUUGUGCAGAUAUAGAGAAAAUGUACAGACAAAUUCUACUAUGUCCUUCAGACCGCAAAUUCCAACAUAUAUAUUGGCGUUCAUCCACAGAUCAGCCUGUAACAGAAUUCGAAUUGAACACCGUCACUUAUGGUUUGAAACCUUCGGCGUUCUUGGCUUUACGAGUGUUGAAACAACUCGUAUUUGACGAGGGAAAAGAUUUUCCUAGAGCAUCUAAAGUUUUAGAUAAUGAUAUAUAUGUCGAUGACAUUUUAACCGGUGCCUUUAAUGUUCAGGAAGCUAUCGAACUGCGUGAUGAGCUUCAGGAAAUGUUGAAGAAAGGCGGAUUUUCUUUGAAAAAGUUUUCGAGCAACUGUCUCGAUAUUUUGAAUGACCUACCCCCUGAUCAUAUUGAGGCUAAGUAA